AAAACAGCAAUCAUUCCGAUUAGACCUGAACAGUUCUCAGACAUUUCACCGCAAUCGUAUUUAGAUGUUUAAAGCGCCGUGGUCGUUUUUUUAAAGUAGGACUUAUCUGAUAGGAAGUCGCUCAGCUUCGAGUAAUUGAGAUAUGUUUGCUUUGAGCUAACAAGCUACCUCGAGCUAUACUAAAUAGCUCGCAAUUUCUUGCAACCCCAGCAUUGUGUCGCGUAGUGAGCUCGUUUCGCUCGCAGUUUACAACAUAGUAGCCAAUUCUUGCUUUUGGAGGCUAGCUAGCGGUAGCUAACUAAUGCGCUUUUUUUGUGGCCUUGUGUUAAUGCGCAAGUCAGUGCUUUGCUAUUAUGUAAACAGAAAUUGUGCAGUAUCCUUUAAUAUACUUGUGCUUCUUUUUAGCUAACCUACUCGCAAAUGACGUUAAAGCCAGUUAACUAAUAUCACAAUAUCACUAACGUCGCGUGUUCGUUUACUAUCCUGCUAGUUAGCAAACAAGCUAGCUUUAGCUAUUUAACGUUUGUUAUGUAUAGUUUGAUAGCUAACGUUACCUAUUUUGGUUAAGCUAGGCUAAUGAGUUAGCGACAACGAGAGGAAAAAUCGUCUAAUUUUAGCUAGAGGUAGCUAUUUUUACUAGUUUUAUUAAUGCAGUUUUAUAUUCAGAUAUUCGCCAAAGGUUAAUUAAAGCUUUACUCUGUUCUAGUUUGCUAAGUUUAGCAUGGAAUGUGCUACUACGUUAAUGUUGCUUUUAUGUAACUUAACUCUGAAAUCUGUCUCUAAAGAAAGCAGUUUAAAGUAAAUUGUAUAGUAUUAUAAACGAUUGUAAGUAACGUAUCACUUUAUAUCUGAAUUUAAAAACGUGUCAACAUGUGUACAUAUGGUAACAUGUGUCCAUAUGGUAACGUUAGCCUUUUAAAAUGUGUCGCAUGUGGUUACCCGAUGAGCUAAUGUGUACACUUCCUCUAACAUAAAUCAGUAUUCCAGCUUUAGCUGAAGGACUAAAUUCCUUAAAUGUCGUUCAACUGAUGGUAUAUAGGAGAUCUUUGACUCUGUCCAUGGAUGAUAUUGUAAAUCAAAAUGAUCUCUGCAGUGUUAUAGGAAUGCCCAAGGAAAAAUAUGACCCGCCGGAUCCCAGGCGGAUGUACACAAUAAUGUCUACCGAGGAGGCAACAAACGGGAAGAAGUCAUACUGGGCUGAGCUAGAAAUCAGCGGCCGAGUAAGGAGUCUCAGCACAGCCCUCUGGUCUCUCACCCAUCUUACUGCCCUCCACAUUAGUGACAACUCACUGUCACGCAUCCCGCCAGACAUUGCCAAACUACACAACCUGGUGUACCUGGAUCUCUCAUCCAAUAAGAUCAGGAGCCUGCCGUCAGAGCUCGGCAACAUGGUAUCUCUCAGGGAACUGCUUUUAAAUAACAACCAGUUGCGAGUUCUGCCAUUUGAAUUGGGGAAACUGUUUCAGUUACAAACACUGGGGUUGAAAGGAAACCCACUUGCACAAGAAAUUAUGAGCCUCUACCAGGAACCUGAUGGCACGCGGAGACUGCUCAACUACUUGUUAGACAAUCUGGCAGGGGCUAUCAAGCGCAUACCAACAGAGCAGCCCCCGGCCCGGUCAUGGAUUUCCCUCCAGGAACCAGACCGAACACGGGCCUCAGCACUGUUCUCUGUGAUGUGCUACAACGUGCUGUGUGAUAAGUAUGCCACGCGUCAGCUAUACGGCUACUGCCCCUCUUGGGCUCUAAACUGGGAGUACAGGAAGAAAUCCAUCAUGCAGGAGAUAAUGGGCUGCAAUGCGGACGUCAUCAGUUUGCAGGAAGUUGAGACGGAGCAGUACUACAAUUUCUUCUUGCCCGAGCUGAAGGAGCAGGGGUACGAAGGGUUCUUCAGUGCAAAGUCACGAGCCAGGACUAUGUCGGAGUCGGACCGUAAACACGUGGAUGGUUGUGCGAUUUUCUACAAAACAGAAAAGUUCAGCGCAGUGCAGAAGCACACAGUGGAGUUCAACCAGCUGGCCAUGGCUAACUCCGAGGGCUCAGAGGCGAUGCUGAACAGGGUGAUGACCAAGGACAACAUCGGGGUAGCGACGCUGCUCGAGGUCCGCAAAGAGAUGAUGGAGGCCUCCUCUGGAAAGUCCCUCCACGGCAUGGAGAAGCAGCUGCUCCUGGUGGCCAACGCCCACAUGCACUGGGACCCGGAGUACUCCGACGUCAAGCUGGUCCAGACCAUGAUGUUCCUGUCGGAGGUGAAGAACAUAGUGGACAAGGCCACACGCAGCCUCAAGUUGUCCUCUGUCUCUGGGGAGAUCAAUGCCAUUCCACUGGUGCUGUGCGCUGACCUCAACUCCUUGCCCGACUCUGGCGUGGUGGAGUACCUAAGUACUGGUGGGGUGGACUGCACCCACAAGGACUUCAAGGAGCUUCGUUACAGCGACAGCCUCACCAAAUUCAACUGCAACGGCAAGAGCAGCUCGUCCAACGGCAGGAUCACCCACGGCUUCAAGCUGAAGACCGCUUACGAGGACGGCCUGAUGCCUUACACCAACUACACCUUUGACUUCAAGGGUGUCAUCGACUAUAUUUUCUACUCAAAGCCUCACCUGAACGUGCUGGGUAUCUUGGGCCCCCUGGACCCCCACUGGCUGUUAGAGAACAAUGUCAGCGGCUGCCCACACCCCCACAUCCCCUCCGACCACUUCUCCCUCUUCAGCCAGCUGGAGCUCCUCCUGCCCAAUCUGCCCCCCCAGGUCAAUGGGCUCCACCUGCCUGCACGCAGGUAGUGAGUCCCCCGCCACGUCACCGGGGGAAGCUGCUUCUCCCGUUCAGACCCUCCUCCCUCCCUCCCACUACCAGCUCUUCCCUCCACCACACCGGAGGAGGAAGACAAAUACACAACCUGUAAAAUAUUCGUACAGUGAGGUCUGGCCGACAGGGAUUUCGUAUAAUGUUAUAGAUAAUCUAUAUUUUUCUUUCUCCGUUUUUUUCUUUUUUGUUUUUUUAACUGCUUGAUUCAGUCCUGUUCGUGUAUCAUAUUUUGUGUUUUGGACUCCCUCUCCUCCUCAAAAUCCACCCAUCUACCCACCCACCCACUUUGCUUCGGUCUUUCCUACUACAGGGGAUGGUAGCUCAUUCAGAUUGGUCGCAUGGGCCACAGUUUGGUUUUAGAGUGCGGGGAAGUGGCUGAGGGGACGACGAUCCCUAGCUGGUGGUCUGCCCGUCUGUCUGUCCGUCUGUCUGUCCUGUAUAAAUCUGAAACCAGCAUCGACAGCAGACUCGUCAGUCUCGGACCUCCAUCGUUGGCUCGGGCUUGUUUCCCCCGGGCAGCCGGCGUACUUUCUCAGUCUCUUUUUAGGAUUCACUUAUCAGUUGAGUCGGAUGUUGCUGGGUCGGAUCAGCCUUUAGCUGGUAGUUAAGCGGCCCCGGAGAUGGAUGUAGCGCAGCUUGCAUGAGGUGAGAUUUCCCGCUGUCAUUCUGAGGUGCUGAGGCCUUUUCGUGUGGUCACGGCCUCCCGCGGUGCUACAAGAUAGUCUCCACCUCUGACCCCGGCCCUGGUGCGUUAGCCACCAAUCCCACAGAUGUCCCGAGAACUGCAAUCGCACGGUUUCCCUCGGGCUGUAUGUAGUGUUAAUUUGUGAAGGAAGGAUAUAGCGAGAAACUGAGGGCAGCUACCAUCUUGUUUGCAGACUGUUUUUAACCCCAGCUUGUAUAGUUGUGAGGCGAGGCCUGUGCUAAGGGGCUCAUGUGACCCACGUACCCCCAUUUCUGGUCACGGGAUUUAGGCUGAUGGGCAAAGCGAUACGGGGCUUUCACAAAUAUUUUUCUUUGUCUCGAUUUGCUUUUAGGCAGAGAGCGAGUGAUGGCUAAUACACAGGAGUAACAACCAGCAUUCCUCUCACUGUCUGGAGUUGCCAUCCAACUCCACACAUGCAAGCUUACACACACAGACACACACACACACACACACACACAACUCAACACACAACUCAACACACAACACAGGUAAUUUGCAGGCAGAUCUGUAGCACUGUCUCUGAGGCCAGUAGUGACUUUCCCCAGCCAUGAAUUCAUACACAAAGCCGUGGUUUUUCCCACAAGUGUUUGUACAGAAUAGAAAUCUAGACUCAGUCUUUACAUGAUUGUAUAUGAACCACAAAAGACCUGUUUUCUGGCGUUUUUUUGUACUAAGAGUAAAUUAUGAUCAGAUUUGAAGAAAAAAAAAAAGAAAAAAGAUUGUAUUGUAAACUAUGGCUAAAUUUUUAUCCAGUUAAUGUUGAGAUGAAUUGAUAUUACCAGCUUGUACAAAAGACGUAAGAAGAGGUUGUUCAAGGCGUUCACUGUCACAACUUUGCACUCCCUAGAUAUUGGCUGUAAUUGAUGUAUCGGUAUUUUUAUUAUUUUCCUCUCCCCCUGCUGUUGAUUUGAUAUGCCGGCCUAUUGCUGCAAUUGUAAAUAGACCACAGAGUAGUCUGCCUGUUGCUUCUCACCCAUUAACGAAGCCAUUGAUCCACACUGCUGCCAUCAGUUCAGAUUAAAGGACACGCAAGGAUGAGUCGCAGCCCACCAGUGACUCCACAUCUGUUCAUCGAUACAUCUCACACACACUCCCACUAGUGACGUGUGACCCAUACUUCUAUUAAUCCCACAUGUACAAGAAAACAUCGUGCCUCACUGUAGCAGUUGUCGUUGUCUUGCACUAUUUACAUUUGACGAACGCCUGAACAACCUUUUCUCCUUUUAUUUUUAAAUACUGUUGAGACAUUUGUGAAGAUUUUAUGUCCUUUUAUUGGUUUUUGCUGAUGUUGAUUUCCUUUUUUAUGAGCUGUGACAAUGUUAUGAUGAUGUGUAUAUUCUUCCUAUUCAUUGAGCUCUCUAGUAAUCAGGUAUGCUUUCUCCCCUCCUUACGGAACACCAGUAGGAUGUGUAAUCUUUGUUGAAUCCACUCGCUCUGAUUGUUUGCUCCCUAUUUGUACCUUAGCACAGCUCCACGGCCAGAACCCCCGAAAUAUCUCUCCCGUUGCUUCUUUCCAAGGCCAUGAAAUCUAAAUCUCCUAUGCCUGUCCAUCACCCUAUACCCCUCAACUGCCCAACCUCAGCCCUCCCCUACCCCACUAUAUUACUCAAGCCGUGUCUUUUUAACACCCCUUUGCUCAACCACUCUGUAUAGUUCGCUUCCCCUCGUCACUAGUGCCAUCUGUGGACCCCUUACCUCUGCGUUGGAGAAGGUGGAAGGCCCACUUUAUUCUGCUUAUUGGACGAGCGAGGGAUGAAGGACAGUGAGCUCAGCUAUUUCUCUCUGAAAGCCAGACAGGAAUGUUGCGAUGAAUGAAAUUUGUAGAUGUCGCAACAAAAAAGAAAAAUAAUUAAUUCGACAGACAUGCUUUUAUGAAAAUCCACCGGGUAAUGAGCGCUUGAUUGAUUGAGAUGUAGCUCCCCUCACUCUCCGGUCCGUCAUCUUAGCGAAUAAAGAUCGAAUUUACUUUAAUGUAUAUGUUGAAAUGACAUUUUUUAAAGCAAGAGGGAAGCGAGUAAAUGGGAAGUGUACGUUUAGUCCUCGGAUCAAGGUUUCUCGUCCCUUUGUUUCCCCCUACAUGUUUGUCUUUUAACUUUUAUUUUGUUCUCUAAUGGAAACCAAUGUGUCCAGUUUGAUUCUUACUUUUCCUGAAUGGCAUUAGUAUUGUAGUAGAUUUAAAGGCUAGCUUUUUUGUAAAGUGUGAAUAAAAGAUGUAUCUCAUGUUUCCUUUCUAAAAAGAUAAUGAAUUGUGUUUUGAUGUGUAAAUCAUGAAUUCUAAGACAGUGUUAUGUUUGCUACAUUGUUUUUUUACUUGUACUCAAUAUAUAUAUUUUUUUUUUGCCCCCAAAUAAUAUUUCCAUCACAAACUAAAUCCUCUGUUGAAAUCAUGAUGGUGAGACGUUGUCUUGACGGGUUGAUUGGAGGAGAUGAAUGUUGCUGAUGAUAAUGCCUAGAAUGAAGGAUUGAGAGCUCAUCAGAGGGAAAGUUCCUGCAUCAUUGCUAUCACUAAACACAUUCGGCACAGGGAUAUUCAACUUGAUUUCUUUAUUUGCUUUUCAGCUUUAUUUUGGAUGUUGCAUGGCACUAGCUGGAGAGUGCUAGCGCCUUUAGGUUAGGACAGCAGAGCUGUCUCACUAGUGGCUGCAGUUCAGUACUAGAACCACUGUUCUGGUGUAAGAUGUGUUUUUAAGCUAACGGCGCGCCGCUGGUCGCUUAACUGGUCCUGUGAUGAUUUUGAGUACUACUAGUCCAUUUCACUCUGUUCUUGUGCAUCACAGUGGUUAAAUCUGUUACACUAGCUCGUUACUGUUGAUGGUCACUGAUGUGACUCUUAAGUCUUUUUGGUUGUUGACUGCCCCCCCCCCCCCUUUCUCCUCACCACCUUUGUUAAACCAGACUUUGACUUCUGACGGAACAUCUGGCGAAUCACACAGCCGAGUUAUGUCACCCUGUAAGCUCCCGUUGAGCGCUCACAUCGUUAGCUUUGUAGUUUCCACUGUUGCAUUGUGUUUAGCAGUUGGCUUGUUUAGGUGUAGAGUAAUUUCCCAGGCUGCAUCUCUUUGUAAUGGUGCACACCAAAGCUGCUUAUAGUCCAGUUCUCUGUCGUUGAGCGAGUUCUUUCUCCAACCACUCACAUUUAUUUAGUUUUUAUCCGCAUCAUAGUCUUCAUGAAAUGUAGGGCUGUAAGGAAAUUGAGGUACUUUUGUCCUUUUUUUUCCCUUGAAUCACAUGAACAAGUUGCGUUCAUAGUCAUACUCUAUGGUUUGGUUUCUCAAAACACACGCACUCGUUCUAAAGGCAUCCUUUUCAAAACUACUUGGCAAUAAUACCCAGAAACAUUCAGACCCGCACAGAAUGGGUUUUUAAAUAUUUCAUCUGGAAAAUGUAGCUGUUUCCUCUUUCAAACUGUGGUUGUUGUGGUUUCUUUUGCUUCUGAUAUCUCUCUCUCAUCUUCGACCUGCUCGACCGUUUUGUUCCCUGAACACCUUUCUUUGACCCAUGUAUCAUCCAUCUUGUAUAUUUGCUCAUCCUCCUCCCUGCCGAUCUAGUAGUAGUUGUUCAAUGAUCAGGAUUGUCUAUCUGUAGUCAGCUGAGUACAUAUAUUGAUCUGUGUCACCGUGUUUAUGCACUGGACCAACUAUUGUUUACCAUUCAUGAAAUACCAGCAAAAAAAAAAAAGAAAAUAGAAUAAUGAAACACUUGCACAAUGUUGUAGAAUGUCCAUUAAUCCAGAUGAGAAAUCAAAGGCAGCUGUUUUCAAAUCAACGCAUACUGUUUUAAAAAGAAACUGAAUGGUAAACAAUGCUUUCUGUUGUACCCCUUAGCCGUCCUCUUGAUUCUCUUCGGACUAGUUUUCUUUCUUUUUUCCGUUUGACUACAGGUUCUGCUUGUUUCCUUUACACCUACCUAUGUAUUUUCCUACUUCUGGUUGAAAAUAAAUUCUAUAUUAUCUGUUUCAGGCUGUGUCACCUCUUAUUCUUUGCAAUGGAUAUUGAAAAUAAAAUAUAUCUGUUUCUCCUUG